AGUUUGCUUCAAAGCUUUGCUUGAGCAUUAUAAAUUUGGAAAGUUGAGACCAAAUCAUGUCUCUUUCAAUUUUUACCGUGCUAGUUCUUAGUCUAAUGCUUGUGCAUAGAGGUGCUUGUGGAUUCUUGGAUGGAAUUAUGAUUGGUCAUGUUCCGGUGUUUAUGAAUAUGGAAGAAAAACUAAAUUGGGCAGAUGCUCUGGAAUCUUGUCACCGACACAAUAUGACCUUAGUUUCCAUUAGAACAGCUGAAGAGAAUGCAGCUAUAACAGAUUUACUUCCGGGUCGUCCUGAUGUCUGGAUUGGGGGCUACAAGAAAAAUGGAAUUUGGCUUUGGACAGGUGAUGGGCAACCCAUGAAUUAUACAAAUUGGAGUGCAGGUGAACCGAAUAGUCUUGAAAAUGACAACGAGGAUUGCGUUCACUUAACAUCGUGGGAUAAAGGGAAGUGGAAUGAUGUUCGUUGCUCCGAUAGAAAUUUCUACAUUUGUGAAAAUUUAAUACGCGAUGAAAGAGAUCAAAUAGUGGUGGAGCAUGUGAACAAGGCCAGCAAUUUUGGCGGUUUAACAUUGUUACAUAAGUUUGCUGUUUGUUUUGCAUGUUUAGCUACAAUAAUAUUUAAUAAAAACAUCCAAUAAAGCUUAUCGCGGGAAUAGAGAGGGGAUAAAAAAUUAAAUAAAUAUUUCUUAUCUCUCUAGGAUAAUUUGUGACCCAGUCAAAUCUUGAAACAAAUUAAGAAAUUAUUGAUAUAAAUUGAUUUUAAUUAUGCUGUUUUGUUGCCCUUUCUUCUGUUCAUCUUUUGUGGUAAAUAAAUUGUUAAAGAAAACUCUAAAAAAA